CUCGCCCGCACGGAAGCCAGAGUCGCCUUGGGUCCCGACGCCGAGAUGGCGUCCUCCGCCUCCGCUCGCACUCCGGCGGGGAAGCGAGUGGUGAAUCAGGACGAGCUGCGGCGCUUGAUGAAGGAAAAGCAGCGUCUGAGCACCAAUCGGAAACGCAUAGAAUCUCCAUUUGCGAAGUACAACCGUUUGGGGCAGCUGAGCUGUGCCCUGUGUAACACCCCGGUGAAGAGCGAGCUCCUGUGGCAGACCCACGUCCUGGGAAAGCAGCACCGUGAGAAAGUAGCCGAGCUCAAAGGCGCGAAGGAAGCCACCCAGGGUCCGUCCUCCAGCGCCGUGCCCCCGUCAGCCAAGAGGAAGGCGCCGGAUGCGGAUGGCCAAGAUGCCAAAAGACCCAAGGCCUCCCCGCUGCCUCAGGUACAGCCCUCCACAUCCGCUUUGCCCACCAGCUCUGACAGAGCAGGGAAGGACUCGGCUAGAGCGACCCUCAGUAAGGCCUCGGGACUCGGUUUACUCCCUGAUUAUGAAGAUGAGGAAGAGGAGGAGGAGGAAGGGGGAGGAGAAGGGAAAAGAGGGGACACCAGCAAGCAGCCGCCCGACUCACAGGGCAAGGAACCCUCGCUUUCCUCCUCGAGAGAGGCAACAAGUAUGCUGCCAAGCGGUUUCUCGGAUACAAAUCCUCCCAAGGCCCCUUUAAUUCCUCAUUCGGGGUCAAUUGAGAAGGCAGAAAUACAUGAAAAAGUCGUGGAAAGGCGAGAAAACACAGCGGAAGCAUUACCGGAAGGCUUUUUUGACGACCCUGAGAUAGAUGCUAGGGUACGAAAGGUUGAUGCCCCAAAGGAUCAGAUGGACAAAGAGUGGGACGAAUUUCAAAAGGCCAUGAGACAGGUCAAUACUAUUUCCGAAGCUAUAGUUGCUGAAGAGGAUGAGGAGGGACGGUUGGACCGGCAAAUUGGGGAAAUCGAUGAGCAGAUAGAAUGUUACCGUCGGGUGGAAAAGCUUCGGAAUCGCCAGGAUGAAAUAAAAAAUAAGCUUAAAGAGGUUCUGACUAUAAAAGAACUUCAGAAAAAGGAAGAGGAGAAUGUUGACAGCGAUGAUGAGGGAGAACUACAAGAUUUGUUGUCUCAGGAUUGGAGGGUAAAGGGGGCUUUGUUAUAGGGUUUCAAAGACCCAGGAUUUUCAUACCGUCAGCAACAGUACCAAAAGUGCUGUCUCUGGAUAGGGUACUGGUUACUUCAUGCCUCGAGAUUUGAUAACGUAACUGGGUUGUUGAGAGACAAUGAACCUGUGAAGAUAGCACUUUGAAAAUUGGUGUAAAAUAUUUUUUGAGGUAAAGUUGUUUUUGAAAUUUUUGGUCUGUAUACUAAAAUGUCAACUUUUCACACAUUUACUUAAGUGUAUAAUUUUGAAUUGUCAAAUCUGUAAGCUGUAAGUAUUAUACAUAGUUAAAUAUAUAUUUACUUAAGUAA